AUGUCGACACGUCCGACGCGACGCGCCGCCAGCCGGCGCACCGCCAUCGUCGAAUCGGACGACGAGAUCUCGGGCGAUAUGACCAACAGAACGAUCAACCCAGACGAGGAGGAGGACUUCACACCCGCGCCGACGCGUAGCCCACGCCGGCCAGCCGCUGGGCGGCGCAAGACCAUUGCAGCCGAGGGGUCGUCCACGCUCGCGGCGAAGCCCGUGCGGCCACGGCGGACACGCGCGUCCGUCGCUGCCUCAUCGACCAUUGAGCCCAGUGAGAUCUUCAACCCCGAUCAGACGGCUGCGACGGUGACACAGUCCGUCGAGGCAGACGUUUCUGCUGUGGCGCCCAAGAAGCCUGCACCGCGCAAGCGCAAGAGCGUGGCUGCGUCCAAGGUCGUCGUCAAGUCGGAAACGCCCGAUGUGCCUUCUCUGUCGUCGCUCUCGUCGCUGUCCUCGAUUCCUACGCCCUCGCCGGAGCCAGCUGCCGAGGACGCUGAGAAUGUGGCGCCGGGCGCUGACGCGACCGUUGCGGACGCCGCCGUGGACAUUGCCGCGGACGAAACAGGCGACGAGUUGGGCGCCGAUGACACAGUCCACGCGCGCGACGUGACCAUGACGCCGCUGUCUGACAUCACCAACACGUCUGUCAACGAGCGCCCGCGGACGGCCUCGAGCACGAGCGCCGCCGACGACGCGGUGGCCGCGGCCAAGCCCAUCCGCGCCAUGGACACGAUCCUCGAGAAGCCCAUGGACAUUGUGCUCAAGUCGCGCACGAUGACCAACAUCCCGCCCGUCGAGCCGGCGGCGCCCAAGGCCCGCACCGUCAUCACGUACCUCAUCCUGACCAACUUCAAGAGCUACGCCGGCGUCCAGGAGGUCGGGCCCUUCCACGCGUCCUUUUCGUCCGUCGUCGGCCCCAACGGCUCUGGCAAGUCCAACGUCAUUGACUCGCUGCUGUUUGUCUUUGGUUUCCGCGCCAGCAAGAUGCGCCAGGGCAAGCUGUCUGCGCUCAUUCACAACUCGGCCCAGUACCCGAACCUGGAGUACUGCGAGGUCGCCGUCCACUUCCGCGAAGUGAUGGAUUUGCCUGGCGGCGGCUCGGACGUCAUCCCCGACUCGGACCUGAUCAUCUCCCGCAAGGCCUUCCGCAACAACUCGAGCACAUACUACAUCAACAACAAGUCGUCCAACUUCACGACGGUCACGACGCUGCUCAAGGACCGUGGCGUGGACCUGGACCACAAGCGCUUCCUGAUUUUGCAGGGCGAGGUCGAGUCCAUUGCGCAGAUGAAGGCCAAGGCCGCGAACGAGCACGAGGAUGGCCUCCUCGAAUACCUCGAAGACAUUAUUGGCACGUCCAAGUACAAGACGCCCAUUGAGGAGGCGGCCACCGAGGUGGAGACGCUCAACGACAUCUGCAUGGAGAAGAGCGGCCGUGUGCAGCACGUCGAGAAGGAGAAGAGCAGCCUCGAGGACAAGAAGGACAAGGCCAUUGCAUUCAUCCGCGACGAGAACGAGCUCGCCAUGAAGCAGUCGGCGCUCUACCAGAUCUACACCAGCGAGUGCCACGACAACGUGGCGGUCACCGAGGAGGCCAUCUCGCAGAUGCAGGCUGAGCUGGACGCCGAGCUCGAGAAGCACCAUGGCGGCGAGCAGGACAUCAAGCUGCUCGAGAAGCAGUUUGCCAAGGGCAGCAAGAAGUGCGAGGCGCACGAGAAGCAGACGCAGGAGCUGAUCAAGGAGAUGACCAAGUUCGACCAGGAACGCGUCAAGUUCGAGGAGAAGCGCAAGUUCUUGACGGACAAGCGCAAGAAGCUCGACAAGGCCAUGAGCAACGCCGAGACGUCGGCGGUGGAGGCGGCGGAGACCAUUGAGCAGUGCACCGAAGAGAUCCAGACGCGCGCCGAGGAGAUUGCGCAGCUGGAGGCGCAGAUCAAAGAGGAGGAGAGCGACCUGGCCAGCAUCCGCGACGGCCUCAAGGGCAAGACACAGGCGUUUUCCGACCAGAUCGCCGCCAAGCAGAAGUCGCUCGAGCCCUGGAAGGACAAGAUCAACCAGACGCAGUCGGCCAUUGCGGUGGCCGAGAGCGAGCUGUCCAUCCUCCAGGAAAAGGCCAACGCCGGCGCGACGGCGCUCGGUGAGAUGGAGGCCAAAAUGGUGAGCAUCGAGGAGGGCCGCGACGCCAAGGCCGACGAGCUCAAGACGGCGGAGCUCGAAAAGGCGCGCCUCGAGAAGGAGGCCAAGAAGGUGGAGGCCGAGCUCGAGAGCCUGGCACAGCAGGAGCCCACGAUGCGCGCGCAGCUGUCGAACGCGCGGCAAAAGGCCGACGAGGCGCGGUCCAGCCUCUCGCAGACGCAGACGCAGGGCAACGUCCUCACGGCGCUGAUGCGCAUGAAGGAGUCGGGCCGCAUCGAGGGCUUCCACGGGCGCCUGGGCAACCUCGGCACGAUCGACCAAAAGUACGACGUGGCCAUCUCGACGGCGUGCCCGUCGCUGGACAAUUUCGUCACGGACACGGUCGAGGCGGGCCAGCAGUGCAUCGAGUACCUGCGCAAGACCAACAUGGGCCGCGGCAACUUUAUCUGCCUGGACAAGCUGCGCGCGCGCGACCUCGCGCCCAUCCGCACGCCCGAGGACGCGCCGCGGCUGUUUGACCUGAUCCGCGCCAAGGACGACCGCUUCCGCCCGGCCUUUUACCACGCCCUGCAGGAUACGCUGGUGGCGGCGGACCUGGCGCAGGCGAACCGCAUCGCAUACGGCGCCAAGCGAUGGCGCGUGGUGACGCUGGACGGCGAGCUGAUUGACAAGUCGGGCACGAUGUCGGGCGGCGGCAGCACGGCCAAGAAGGGCCUGAUGUCGUCGAAGCUGGUGCCGGACACGAGCAAGGAGCAGGUGGCCAAGCUGGAGGUGGACCGGGACGCGCUGGAGCAGCGGUUUGCCGCGUUCCAGGACCGGCAGCGCGAGCUCGAGGGCCGGCUGCGGUUCCUGCGCGACCAGAUCCCGCAGCUGGAGACGCAGAUGCAGAAGCUCCACCUCGAGAUGGAGAGCGCGGCCAAGACCCUGGCGGACGCGCAGCGGCGCAUCCAGGAGCUGAGCAAGGAGCACCAGCCGUCGCAGGCGGACGACAAGCGCGUGGCCGUGCUGCAGGCGGAGAUUGCGUCGCUCCACAAGACGGUCGCGGCGCUGCACGGCGAGACGGCGAGCGUCGAGGAGGAGAUCAAGGAGCUGCAGGACAAGAUCAUGGAGGUGGGCGGCGAGAAGCUGCGGGCGCAGCGGGCCAAGAUCGAGGCGACCAAGGAGCAGCUCGCGUCGAGCAACGAGGCGACGUCGCACGCGGAGGUGCGCAAGGCCAAGGCGGAGAAGCAAAAGACCAAGCUCGAAAAGGACCACGCCAAGGCGACCAAGGAGCACGAGGCGGCGACGCGCGACCUGGAGGCGCUGGCGGCGGAGAUUGAGAGCCAGGACGAGAACGCGGCGUCGCUCAAGGCGGCCGUCGAGGAGGCGCAGGAGGACCUGGAGGUCAAGAAGCAGGUGCUGGCGGAGCUGAAGGCGGAGCUCGACGAAAAGAUGGCGGCGCUCAACACGACGCGCGCCGUCGAGAUCGAGAUGCGCAACAAGCUCGAGGAGAACCAGAAGGUGCUGGCCGACAACCACCAGCGGCUGACCUACUGGGAGAACAAGUUGUCGAAGCUGCAGCUGCACGACAUUCACGACCUGGAGUACUCGAAGCCGGUGACGGUCAAGACGGAGCCCCAGGAGGGCGCGGAGGGCGCGGAGGGCGAGACGGCGGAGACCGCAUCCAGUGCCGACACUCCCUUGUCGUCCGAGGCCGGCAGCGACGAACACGACGAGGCCGGUGGCGACGUCACCAUCGUCCAGUCGGGACCGGUCGCUCGGCGCACCGACAGCAACACGCCGCCGCUGGCGUUCAACCAGUACAGCAGAGACGAGCUGGCCGACAUGGACAAGGCGGUGCUCAAGAGCGAGAUUGCGACGCUGGAGGAGAAGACGCAGAACACCAGCGUGGACCUGGGGGUGCUGGCGGAGUACCGGCGGCGGGUGGAGGAGCACGCGGCGCGGUCGUCGGACCUGGCGACGGCGGUGGCGCAGCGCGACACGGCGAAGAAGCGGUGCGACGACCUGCGGCGGCUGCGGCUCGAGGGGUUCAUGGAGGGCUUCAGCACGAUCUCGCUGCGGCUCAAGGAAAUGUACCAGAUGAUCACGAUGGGUGGCAACGCGGAGCUGGAGCUCGUGGACUCGCUCGACCCGUUCUCGGAGGGCAUCCUGUUCAGCGUGAUGCCGCCCAAGAAGUCGUGGAAGAACAUUAGCAACCUGUCGGGCGGCGAGAAGACGCUGAGCAGCCUGGCGCUCGUGUUUGCGCUGCAUCACUACAAGCCGACGCCGCUGUACGUCAUGGACGAGAUUGACGCGGCGCUCGACUUCCGCAACGUGUCGAUUGUGGCCAACUACAUCAAGGAGCGGACCAAGAACGCGCAGUUUAUCGUCAUCUCGCUGCGCAACAACAUGUUUGAGCUGGCGUCGCGGCUCGUGGGCGUCUACAAGGUCAACCACAUGACGAAGAGCGUGACGAUUGAGAACCAGGACUACAUUGUGCGGCAGCGCAGCCAGCAGCAGGCCCAGGCGAUGCGGCAGCAGCAGCUCCGGCAGCAGCAGCAGCAGCAAACGCAGCAGCAACAAACGCAGCACGAUGUGAUGGUCGCCCAGACACCCGUGCGGCCGCAAACACAAAUGCAGAUUGGCCAGCUAGCGUCGCCGCCAUGA